AUGAUUGGUUUACCAGAGAGUUGUUGUUGGUCGGUUUAUCAUUCCUUUAAAAAUUAUAUAGAAGACUCUAAAUCAAUAUUUGAUGAUUUAAUUAGUGUUGCUGAAGAACAUAAUGUUGAUGGAAUAUUAGCAAAUCAUAUUAAUCGUUUAAAGGAAUGUCAAAAAGCUGUUAUGAUUAAUCAUUCAUUUAUUGAUAAAACAAUUACAUUGUACAACACAAGAUUCAAAACUAAAGAAGAGGUUGAUGAUUCACUUAAUUUUCAUUGUUGUGUAAAGCCAAAUGGACAUCAAGUUGAUAUGAUCCAAAAUAUAUUAGAACAAACACUCAGAGAAUGGGGAAGUUUAGGAGAGUCUAUUAGGAAUCAAACAUUUAAUCCAUUGUAUGACAUUAUUGGAACAGGAAAAAGUAUAUUAAUACCAGGAUGUGGAUUAGCUAGAUUACCAUAUGAAUUACAAAAACGAGGAAAUAAAUGUUAUGCAUGUGAAUGUAACCAUUUUAUGUUAAUGGCAAUGAACACAAUUUCAACAGCAAAAGAAAAUGAAUUUACUAUUGUCCCAUAUAUUAAUUGUACAAGUGAUAUAAUCGAUUCAUCUAAUUUAAAAAUAAGACAUUCAAUCCCUGAUUGUGACCCAUCACUUUUAAAAGAAAUUUCUCUUAGUGAUUUUGAUUUUGAAAGUUAUUGCGAAAAAACAUCGAUUCAAUUUGACGUUGUUUGUACUUGUUAUUUUAUUGAUACAGCAUUUGAUAUAAUUAAUUACAUCAAAUCAAUAAAAUCAGUUUUAAAACCACAAGGAAUCUGGGUAAACAUUGGUCCUCUUCAUUGGGUAAAUGAUUGUUAUUCAUCUCUUCAUUUAAGUUUAGAUGAGGUCUUUGAAAUUGCCUUUCAAGUUGGAUUUACAAUGAUAAAAAAAGAGAUGAUUCAAUCAUUAAACUAUAUCCCUCAAGAAUAUUUCACUUGUCCUACAACAUAUAAUCCUUGUUUAUUUGUAAUGCAAAACAAAUGA